AGCUUCUACAUUUCGUUUGCCCACACGGGCAAUACAAGCUUAUUUACAAACAAUAAUGUGGGAAUAAAAGUAAAAGGUCUGAUUUUUAUGCGUUUCUUGGCACCAAAUUUCAAAAUUCUUGUUUACAAUAAGUGCAUUGUGUCCAAUGGCGGUCGAAGUGUAAUUUGCGUGAAGUGACCAUAUCAGUCAACACAAAUCGUCUCAUGUAAUCUAAGUGCAUUAUUACUCAAUGCAAAUCCAAUGCACCUAAUUGAUUCAACUGGUUUUGCUCAAGACAACUUACCAUUAAUUGCGAAAUUUAGCAGAGAAGCAAUGGAAUCGUUUCUGAGCUUAUUUGAUCCAAAUCAGCCGGACGAUGGCUUCGAUGAGGAGCAGGAGCUGAAUGGCAACAGCAGCGGUAGCAGCGAAUAUGAAGUGGACGGCAAUGUUAAUGAGAGCAAUAAUAUUAGCAAUAACAACCUAAGCAAUAAUGUCAAAAGCAAUCUCAUUUUUGACUUUGAGCAGGGCAUUCUGCCGCCAGAGCCACAGUUGGGCAAUGUGGAGUACAAGCUGAAGUUGGUGAAUCCCUCAAAGCAGCGUUUCGAGCAUUUGGUCACGCAAAUGAAGUGGCGCCUGCGCGAGGGCCAAGGCGAAGCCAUCUACGAGAUUGGAGUCUCCGAUGCGGGCCAUCUGCAGGGCCUCAAUGACAAGGACAUGAACGCUUCACUCACCACGCUCAAACAGAUGGCUCAUCAUUUGGGCGCCAGCACAUCGGUGCUCAGGCGCAAAAUAAUUCCCGUCCGGCGUUCCGUUGCCGAGGUCCUGGUGCGCAAGAUACCCGAUGAUCAGCACAAUAUUGAGAUACGCGUCGCGGUUCUGGGUGGUGCCGAUGCUGGCAAAUCCACGCUGCUGGGUGUUCUCACCCAGGAUGAACUGGACAAUGGACACGGACGUGCGCGUCUGAAUAUGUUUCGGCACAUGCACGAGAUUCAGUCGGGUCGCACCUCUUGCAUCUCGCAUGAAACAUUGGGAUUCGACGCCUUGGGCAAUGUGGUCAACUACAAAUACAAUGAAAUGAUGACUGCCGAGGAGAUAAGCGAUCGAUCCACAAAGCUGGUCACCUUCAUGGACCUAGCUGGCCAUCGUCGCUAUAUGCGCACCACAGUGCAAGCUCUGAGCGGUUACUCGCCACAUUAUGCCAUGCUCGUGGUGUCCGCUGGCAGUGGCUGCAACGACACCACAGAGGAGCAUCUGGCCAUAGUGCGUGCUCUCGAUAUGCCCUUCUUUAUAUUGAUCACCAAAACGGAUAUUACAUCACCCGAUGCCACAGUGCAGGAGUUGCGCACAUUACUCACAAAUAUUGGGUGCCGCAAGGUGCCGUUUGUGGUCACCAAUACGGAUGAGGCCAUAUCAGCUGGCUCCAAUCAGGUCUCGGAAAAUAUUGUGCCCAUAUUUUGUGUCUCAAAUGUGACUGGCAACGGUCUGAAUCUAGUCACCAAAUUUCUCUAUGUGCUCUCGCCGGGCAUCAGCAAUGCGGAAAAGGAUCGCCUCGAGCUUGAGCCCUGCGAAUUCCAGAUUGAUGAAAUCUUUCGGGUUACCGACGUCGGACCCGUUGUCGGCGGCCUGCUCGUACAGGGCGUGCUCACUGAAAAUAUGCCCAUGAAAAUUGGACCACUGUCGGAUGGAAGUUUCCAUGCCGUUAGCGUGCACACAAUCCAUCGCAAUAAGGCACCCUGUCGAGUGGUGCGCGCUGGCCAAAGUGCUUCGCUAUCGUUUACGCCAACCCAGGAGCUACCAGCGCUGCGCAGCGGCAUGGUCCUAUUGGGCGACUCUGGCAACAUUGAUGACCCCUUCGGCACCUACUUCUUUCAGGCCAAGGUAUCGGUGCUGUUCCAUGCGACGGCCAUUUAUGUGGGCUUUCAGACCACUGUGCACAUUGGCAGCAUCCGACAGACGGCUGUUAUCCGUGGCAUUAUGGGUGGCGAGAAACUGGGCACCAAUGAUUCCGCCUCUGUCAUGUUUGAGUUCGUUGGGCAUCCGGAGUACGUGCGACCCGGCAUGCGCAUACUCUUCCGCGAGGGCAUGUCCAGCAAAGGUAUCGGUGUCGUUACCCAGGUGUUUCCCGUUAACAAGACCCGCGUGAAGUAAAUUGAUGCGCCGAAAUAUACAAAGAGUACCUAGUAUUUCUUCUUCGUUAAAAUGGAGCAUAGAUGCCAUGGACGAUAUGGUUCUGCAAUUGGCCAGUGGUCAGCUAAAUACUUAUUAAAGAUUAUGAAUAUAUAUCUCAAUGCGGAUAACAUACUGACAUACUGAGACAUGUACAUAUUACUUACAAUUAGACUCUAGUGAUUUCGAUCGGCAUACGCAGAUAUGCGCUAAAAUUGUAGCAGAUCUUCUUUACAUUUAGUUUGAGUUCUGUGAUUUUUCUUUUAAGCUCAACUCCUCUAUAUUAACACAUAUACAGAUCUAUAUAACAAUUACAGACAACUUUAUCUGUAGACAAUGCAAUUUGAAAACCUUGUACGAAUUUUAAUUUUGCCUACGCAUACUUAAUAAAAACUAGACCGUACAAAAAUCUGAUCCACAUGAUGAA